AUGAGCAACACCGCCUCCGAGAUGGACCUGGAUGCACAGCAGGCCCUCUUCUUCGGACACAUGGGUCCAUUGCGGAAAUCUCCGCCCCCCACCUCCGGGGCACCGGGAGCCUCCCCCUCCCACCAGGCGGGAGCCAAACGACAGCAGACGGAUGCAGAUCCCAAAGAUGGAAAGAGGGACGUACCCGGCAGCCACGAUGUGGGCAUACAGCAGUGGUUCAAGGCACGGGCUGGAGGCACCCUGGGAGAGAGAAGACACGAUGUCCGAGCACAAGGAGUCAGAGACUCACGCGGAGUGGCUCGAAUCCAAGGUCUACAAGCUCACUCAACUGGUCCUGAGGCAGGAACAGACCCUUGCCUCCCUCCGUCAGGACAUGGUGAUGCAUCUCUUCAUGAAGAACGGGGAGUCGGGGAUGAUACCAGUUUUGUGCGAUGCAGCGACCAAGUGGCGAACCACCAAGGAGGAGGAGCCGACCAAGCUGAGCUACUCCCUCAAACUGGCGCUCUUCAAGCAGCUGCUGAUCACGCUGCACGAACGGUUGUCGGAGACGAGCCAGAAGGAGGAAGCAAUGGCCCACGCCAAGUCGCUUGGCUGGGUGGAUGCAGAGCAGAACUGGCUGACGUUGCGAUGGAAUCCAGGCCAACAACCCUGGAAGUCGAUCCCACUGUGAGGGCAGUCCCUUCCAAGGACUUGCUGUCACAGCUGGUGCAGAUGAGACGAGGUUCCACCGAGGAGACGAUCUUGCGAUUCCACAGCCUGCGACAUCUUUCGCCGGCUGUCAAGGCGGAUUGGAUUCAGUUUCAACUGGUGGUCUCGCUCAGGCCCAACUUUGUGGCAUUCUCCGACAGGCAUUGGUCCCAGCACUCAGUUUUCUUGCUCAGGCUCCAUCAGCAGGGUUUCCAAGGUUCCUGGGAGGCAAGACGCCAUAUUGAUGGAGUCACUCGUGUCACUGACAGGGGCACCACCCUUGCCCCGGUGAUCCUGGCCCUGCAUGCAGGGCCACAACUGAUUUUACAAUCGAUGAUUGAUCAGUGGCACACUCAGGCAUCAGUGCACGCCCUCACUCAACCGACAACCAUUGGCCAACCCCGGUUUGGAAAAGACCGAGCGUGGCUCUCUGAUGAUGGACGUGUGCCUGAGCCGAUUCAAAGAGAGCAUGACAGUGCAGUAUACCUGCUCUGGUUGAUGCAGGCUACGGAUGCCUGA